AUCUGGGACGGACGUACGUACCCAGGAUUUAUUUCGAGAGGGCUUGGCGGGGGAUCAGCUGAAAUAUUUGAGAAUUUGUUUGCCAUUGCAUGAUCCUAACAAAUCAUCUUUGGUUGCAGAUGAGGUGAAGUAGAACCUUUCCUCUAUCCCCCAAUGGAAGCUUUAGAUGAAUCCCCACCUACCAAGCGACUCUGCCAGCCGGUCGACAUCACUCCAUCAAACAUCGCCUAUGAUCAUGAUGCUUGGGAUAUUGCUGAAGCCUUUCCCGAUGUAAUCAGAGACAUCGAGUCAAGCUUGAAAGAAGCCAAGCCAGAUAGCGCAGCAGCCUUGCUCGGAUUGGAUAUAAACUUGAGUGACGACGACGAUCACCAUUUCCGUAGACUGGAUAGCGUAAGAUCAUCGUAUCAAGAGAUUGGGAGGGUUGGUGAAGCCAAUGACUUGUGUAUGAUGGAGGAUACAGAAGAAGGGUGCAGAGAAGUGGAGAGAGGGAAAGAAGAGGAAGAGGAUGUUGAAGUGUUUCCGGAGGAGGAUGACGGAGGAUGGAAAGAUGAAGUAGGAAGUGAUGAUGAAAUGAUAGUGAUUGAUGAAGACGGCGAUGAUGAGGAUGCCAAUGACAUUGAUGAUGAAGGUGACAUAGAACUGAACCAUUCCACAGGACAACAUGCUAGUGGUGAUUACAUCCAAUCGAACAAACUCAGUGGUUUACCACAUAGAAACAAACCUAGGACUACUGACAUCGGUGAUGCAGGAGGAAGCAUUGCGGAUGGUAGCCUUGAUGGGGAAGGGGAUGACUUGGAAGAGGAAGGGGACGAUGAUGAGGAGAUGAUGGAGGAGGAGUGGGAUUCUGACAGUGAAGGUGACCUUGAUGCUCUCCUGGAUGAAGGCCUACCUGAGCAGUACAAACAGAGUAAAGGUGAUGGCCCACGGCAGGGGAAAGGGGGACGGAAGAAGGCAGGAGAGGCAUGGAGAAAGGUCCUCACUCAAGGUGCACUUCCAGAAGGCCUUAUUGGUGUCAAGGAGAAAACAGUACUCAAGAGACAUGGUCAAGAGCCCUUAGAAGGUCUACCUGAUGGUUGGAUACGUAUCAGUCAUCAAUGCGGGAUGCCUCUCUACCUUCACCGGUCAUCAAGGGUGUGUUCCUGGUCCAGACCCUACCUCCUAGGGUCUGGCAGUGCUAGGAGGCAUCGUGUUCCAGUGGCUGCCAUACCCUGUAUGCAUUACAGCCGAGCCCUUGAGAAGGAGAAGGAGGCACAGCUGGAACCAGAAGCCAAGGAAACUGACAUGAAGACAGAACCUCCAGAUACUUGUCAUACUCAAGAUCUCCCAAAUGGAAAUCUACCUGACCAACCGUCCCCUGCUGCUGGAGGAGCAGACGACCAAUCAAAGCCUGAUGUAGACAUGAAGGAUCAGGGGUCAGAGGUCAAAGGAGAGGGGUCAAACGGCAAGAAGAAGAACCGUGUUCAUAUAUGUGAAGAUGAUUCUGUAGAUGGAAAGGACCUUCAAGAGUACUUAUCAAGAUUAUUCCAGUUUGAGAAAAUUGCAAUCAAGAGAUUCAACUCAUGGGCAGCAAGAAGGAAAUAUACCAAGGCAGUAAAACAUAAAGAUAGACCUCAAUUUCCUGGAGGUCCUAAGGUUCUACGAUGUCAGAUUCCAGGAAAUAAAGGAAGAGAAUUUGUAAUCAAUGCACAGGACAAGACCCCAGUGUGUAUACUGCAUGAGUAUGCACAGAGAGUCAUGAGAACACAGCCACAGUAUGUCUUUGGAGAGAGCAGAAAUGCAAGUGCUCCAUUUGAAGCUCUGGUAGAGAUCAAGGGUAUGAAGUAUGGUCGAGGUGAAGCUACUAGUAAGAGAUUAGCAAAAGCUGAAGCAGCAAAGAAAACUUUAGAUAUCCUAGUGCCAGAACUCAUCUCAGACUUUAAAUCAAAAGCGCCAUCCGAUACAGAGUACUUUGACCAUGUAUCCAUUGAUGACAUCAGAAUCUAUGAUCUAUGUAUGAAGGCAGGACAACUCACUCCAUGGCAGGUCCUUCAAGAACAUAUACAAAGGAGUCAUGGUAUGGCAGACACAAAGUUCAGUAUGAACAUUAAGCUAAAGAACCAUCAACGGAGCGAGUACACAUUGACUCUAGGUCCUCAUACAGUAACGGGCAUGUGCAAGAACAAAGCUAAUGGGAAACAGCAAGGAGCUCAGAAGCUUUUAAAACAACUUCAUCCAGAGCUGAGGAGCUGGGGAGCCAUUAUCAAGAUGUAUGGCAAGGGAUCUAGUGAAAUAAACAGAGAGAAAAAGGAAGCUGAACAGAGCGUGACAGAGCUGACUCACGACACACCCCGAGCCCGACCAAACCGCAAGAUCCUCAACAAACUACGCCUUGAGAUGACCAAGACGUACGCAGAGAAGGGUUUAUUGGAUGCUGAGGUAGAGAGACAGAAGAAACAAGGAGAAGAUGGAGAGCAAGAGAUGGAAGAAGAUGAUCAAAAGGAGCAUUCAUAGUCAUUCAUUGCUGAUGAUGUUAGUGCUACUGACUGUAUGGUGCCGUAAGAGCCUAUAGGUGUCAGGAUCAGCUCUGUGGAUAUCAUGGGAUAAGUACAGUCAAAUCUGCUUUAGUGACCACCUGUCUACAAAGACUACCUGUCUACAAACUCAAAGGCCACAUUUGUUGUUUCCCUUGAAAAUGGUUUCUCAU